AAAAGAAAGACAAAGAGAAAGCCUCAAAAAAAACUCAAGGCAAAGUUAGACACAACCUUCAACUGCCUAUUUUGUAACCACGAAAAUAGUGUUGACUGUAAAAUUGAUCAUGCAAACAAGUUGGGUCAUCUCAACUGUAAAGUAUGCGCAGUUAAUUGGCAGUGUCCGAUCACUUAUCUGGAUGAACCAGUAGACGUUUAUUCUGCGUGGAUUGACGCAUGUGAAGAUGUGAAU